UGGUGGUUGUGGGGUGUAUAUAUGGUCCCAAUUUAUUUGCUUGCUAUCUUUCUGUCUACCUAGUUUGGGGUACAAUAUGGGACCAACUAACAGAUUUGUCCAAUUUACUGAAGAAUUCAAAAGUGGGUAAUAGACUAAUAAUAGACUUGUAGAAGGGUUCAUACCUGGAACUUAACCAUGUUGGUUGCAAGCAGCAUUUUUUCUGUUAGCUUUCAUAUCCUGAACUUACUAUGUAGGCUUAUACCAGUUACUUAGUUUGAUAUAAUUUUCCUCAUUGUUUUUCUGUUCAUGUCUUCCCCAAAUAAAUGCAGACAGUAGAGUAAUAUGUUUAUGGGGAAAGCAUGGUAUGGCCAGCAUCAAUUUCUAUUGACUUUAGGUGGCAGUCUUCCAUUAAAAGUUAGCUUAUAGAAAUUUCUGGGGACAGAUAUAUGGAAUCACUUACUGUUCCAGAACUAGUAUUUGUACCUUCUUUGCAACUUGCCAGCAAGGAACAAAAUGUGUAUUUCUCAAAAUACAGUAUGACCAUGAGUGGUUCUGAUUGGCUGCAUUGCGUUGACUAUUUGUGUCUUCCUUGGAUUGUCCUUUAUGGCAUUAGUACGAGAAGCGUACCUACUCCACCCUAGAGCUAUUCAUCCUGUGGUUUGAUGAAUCUGCGUUCUGUAUUUACUGCAGAACAACAGAGGAUAUUGCAGCGUUACUAUGAAAAUGGAAUGACAAAUCAGAGUAAAAAUUGCUUUCAGCUCAUAUUACAGUGUGCACAAGAAACUAAGCUGGACUUCAGUGUAGUCAGGACGUGGGUUGGCAACAAAAGAAGGAAGAUGAGCAGUAAAAACGUGGUGGAUUCUGGAGGAAGCCCGUCAACAACUGCCACCAGCACUCUGGCUAUGCCUCCAGAAGUGGCCGUUCAAAACGUGGUUAGCAUAGCCCGUUCCCAGAGCCAGCAGUCAUCGUGGACAUCCUCGAAUAAUGACGUCAUAGUAACUGGUAUAUAUAAUCCAGCGACUUCAUCUGGCAGACUGGUAUCCAGUAAACAGACUAACUCCUUGAUGAGCGACAUGCAUAAGAAUUCUCUUUCAAGGCCGGCUGGGAAAAGUGAUCCUGAUUUCCAGCGGCAGCACAUUGCUGUGACCCGGCAAGCACCCCAUUGUAAAAAUGCUUCGCUUUUCCUGGGAGAGAAAACUAUUAUCCUCUCGAGGCAGACAAGCGUGCUGAAUUCAGGAAAUUCUAUUUACAAUCACACGAAGAAAAGCUACGGUGGUUCUUCGGUUCAGACGGCGGAAUUGGUGUUACCUCAAAAGCCCGUGUUGUGUCACCGGCCCUACAAAAUGGACCAGGUGGGGUGCCAAAGGUUGCAGAAGCCGGAGCACCCCAUCCUCGCUUCAUCCGUGCCAUCUGGACAGAGGUCGAACAUCAGAGAUCCUGCCUGCAGUACCCACAAUUUGGAAAUCCGAGAGGUUUUUUCUUUGGCUGUGACCGAUCAGUCCCUGGGAGGAAGCCGAGAGAAGUCCCUGGCAUCUUCAGGAGAAGGCAGUUGCCUGUCUAUUGCAAUGGAAACUGGGGAUGUGGACGACGAAUAUGCUAGAGAGGAAGAGUUGGCGUCAAUGGGUGCCCAGAUACAGAAUUACUCUAGGUUAAGUGGUGCAUCCCUCAGAGUUGAGAAUGCAGGAUCAGGUUUUUCUGGGUCAGGCAGAAGUGUCAGUUGCAGUUCACACAUGCUGAAUGCAAGGAACUUGCAUGACAAUAUCCUGUAUCAUAAUAGAGACUACCGCUUGCCUCCACGGACUUCGUUGCAUAGCACAUCCAGUACACUAUAUAGCAGUUCUUACCCAUCAAGAAGUAAUAUUUCUUCUCAUUUUGCAGCAUCCAAUCAACUAAGGCUAUCUCAAAACCAAAAUAAUUAUCAGAUUUCAGGAAACCUUACUGUGCCUUGGAUUACUGGGUGUUCCAGGAAAAGAGCAUUACAGGACCGUACACAAUUCAGUGACCGAGAUUUAGCUACCCUUAAGAAAUAUUGGGAUAAAGGUAUGACCAGUCUUGGAUCGGUUUGCAGAGAGAAAAUCGAAGCAGUUGCGGCAGAGUUAAAUGUUGACUGUGAAAUAGUGAGGACUUGGAUUGGAAAUCGGAGACGAAAGUAUCGUCUAAUGGGAAUUGAAGUCCCUCCUCCUCGAGGCGGCCCUGCUGUUUUUUCGAGUCAGUCUGAUUCCAGUGAUAAAUCAGUACCCAUUCCAGGAGAUGACACUCUGACUGAUAUAGGAGAUGAUAACGACAGGAAUGAUGAAGUAUCCAUCUGCUUAUCAGAAGGAAGCUCCCAAGAAGAACACAAUGAAGUUCUUCCAAGUGAAGACAUUGGUCACAAAGAAGAGGACCACACUACUGUAUCUUCAGAUAACGUGAAAAUAGAAAUAAUAGAUGAUGAAGAAAGCGAUAUGAUCAGUAAUUCUGAAGUGGAUCAAAUGAGCUCUCUUCUGGACUACAAAAAUGAGGAAGUAAGGUUUGUUGAAAGUGAACUGGAGCAUCAAAAACAGAAAUAUUUUGAACUUCAGGCUUUCACAAGAAGCUUGAUACUUGCCGUCAAAACAGAUGAUAAAGAACAGCAGCAGGCACUUCUAGCAGAUUUACCUCCAGAAUUGGAAGAGAUGGAUUUCAAUCAUACAUCUCCAGAACCUGAUGAUACCUCAUUCAGCUUGUCAUCUUCAUCAGAAAAAAAUGCCUUGGACAGUUUGUGAUCUUUUGACAAAAGAAACAACACAGUAUAGUUUGUCUAAUGUGUAUGUUUUGAACCAAUUACAUUUUGUUAACCAAUAUCCUUAAAUAUGAAGGAAGAAGUAGGGUGGGAAGGCAGGCAAGCCAAUUGUAUAUUGAGUGCAUUUUGAUAGUAUCUACAAAUUCAGAGUUUUGUUGCUGACAAAUGUGAAAGCUACUUGAAAGCUGUUUCUAGCAGCUAUAUCUUGAUGAUGGUACCUUCAUAAUAACAUGAACUUGAUAAUAAACCCCUGACCUAAUGAAGGCACCAAGAAUGGAAGAAUAAUAGUCAGUUAUGUUAAUAAUUCAACAGUCCUUCCUAAUGUUAUCUGUCAGUCCUACAGUGUGAUAUUUUGCCUUUUCUUGUUCUUUUCUCCUUCUCAGGUAGGUGAACUGAUCACUGGAAAUUAUGGGUUUCAAGAGAUCAGUGGGGAUAAUUUGGGCCUUCAUUCAAAUGAUGAUCAUUCUAACCAGGGAUCAAACAAAGAAGUAUUGGUCUUUUUCUUUUUCUGUAUAUAGCAGCAAAUCAUUGUAACUUCUCUUCAUCUUCGAUUGAUGAAAUAUCCUGGAAUAUUUUCAUUACCGAAAAAGCAAAUCUAUUUAUCUUAGCUCUAAUAAAUUAUUUUGUGUAUAUCAGCAGAUGGAAAUUCCAAACAAAAAACAAAACAGUUGACUUUUAUAAAUGCACAGUUUAGAAAAACAAUUUCCAGUAGCACAGCAUUCCCCUUUAGUAGUUCCCCCAUGGGGGGGGGGAUGGGCGGUUGAAAAAUUUAAUAAAUAAAUAAAUUUUAAAACUGUAGAGAUUGGUGAUACUAAUCCUAGGAAAGCUACAAAGAUCCAGUAUAUACCCAUGUUUGAAGGUCUGGUAGAUGCUUGUGGCUUACUUACAAGCUAGUGGUCCAUGAGCAAGCCUCAUAUAAAAGUUUCAUGGAAAUAUAAAAAGUUUUGUAAUUUAAAUUUCCCCUCCAAGUGUGUUUGGUGGAAAUAGUGACUCAAGAGAAAGAAAAACUUCAUGGGUGGUGUGAGAAAUUUUGAUGAAAAUUCCCCCCAAGGGGAAUUACUUCUGGAAUUGUAAUGUGGAACAGCUGCUUAGUCCAUAUACCUGUUAAGAUAAUUUUUUAAAAAACAAACUAAUCGGCUAGCAAUCAAACACUAAUUUAUGAAUUAGCUCUGAAUAGGAUUUAGCAAACGUACAAUACAUUUAUGCAUCCUGGCUUAAAAGUUACUUUGACUUGUUAGGCAAUAAGUGGGCCAUGUAGACCUGAACUCAGUGACAAAUACACUGGAGUUAUCCAUCUUCGCUGUGUGCAUCAAAAUCCUGCUCAGAAUAACGUCUCAGAGUCCAGUGCAUAAUUUGACCAUUGUCCUCUUUUUCAACUACUGCUAGCAACAGAGUCUGUUUUAAUCUUAAACAUUUUUAGAAUUUUGAUCUAAAGUUAUGUAUGUUGUGUCUUAAAUAGGAUAAUGAAAAUGUUACUUACCAAUUUGUAUGCUUUGUUCUUUGGGAUAGUAUUUCACUGAUUGAUUAGGUGCUUGUCAAGUCCAUGUUGACUCUUAGCGACCACAUAGGUAGACUUUCUCCAGGAUGAUUUGUCCUCAGUGUGGCCUUUAAGGUCUCUCAGUGCUGCCUUCAUGAAAAUGUGAGAUAAAUAAGAGAUGCUAUUGAUGCUCCAUAGCACAGACAUAGAAGGCACAGUCUUUACAUUUUAUGGAAAUGUUGGUAAGCAAACUGCUAUGUAAGAAAUUUGUCCUCCCUCUUCUAAAGUCCCCUUGUGUGUUAUUUUUAAAUUCCAAUUCAUAGCUUCUUCACCAUAGCCAUCACUGCCUCCCUGCCCUCUUCAUUCGUUUCCAUUUUAUCUCUCUGCUUUCCUCCUCGUUGCUGUCUCAGAAAGAAAAGCACAGGAGAAGCAGGAUUGCAACUCCCCUUAGCCUAAGAAGAUCUCUGUAAUGGUCACCAGGGAAGGGAUUUGCAAUUUCACAUCUUGCAGAGGAGGAAUCAAUGUUUGUCCCUGUCUGUUUGCACCUCCGUGUAGAAGCGAAUGUACUUGGCUUUCAGCAAUGAUGUACAUACUCUCGAGUGAAAAUGAAAAGGGGGUGGGAUUGGGUACCGUUCUGCAUCUGAGAAAUCAAAAUCUUAUGCCAAAGAAGGCUGUAUUCUUUUGGCCCAUAUAAAUUAUGCAAAUUUAUUUUACAUAGGUUAAUUAUGGCUUCCUUUUCCUUAAUAUUACUCUGGUUUGCUUUCUGGAGAGGGGUCAGGAGGACACUGAUGUUCUUUACCUCCAAAUACUAGAAGGCUCCUGAAGCCACACCUCUAGCUUCUGAGUUUUCAGCAAGCAUUCCCUCAACAUUUUUAUAGCACAAGUUAGCAGCAAUAAAACUAAAUAAUAAACACGUUAGGUUCUCAAGAAGCUGUUCUGCGCUCACUGCCAUGUUGAUCAUUACGUCUGCAUUAUGUGGCAUGGUGACACGUGUUUAGGAGUCAUGAAAGUUAGCUUGAAGUAUGACUGUAGUAAGCGUCAACAUUAGAUGCAUUUUUUUUUUUAAACCUGAAUGUAAAAGGUAGGAAGCAGGCUGAGGCAAUGCAUGUUAAAGCCGUCAUAAUAGUUGGAGGAAGAAGGUUGUGGUGGGGAGCAUAAAAGAUGACCAGGGAAAGGUCUGUACAGAUCUGAAUUGCACUGCGACUUAUGUUUAGGGUAAGCGCCUGUUGUUCCACAUGCCAUUUCAGUCUGUAUUUGCUUAACUAAAUGCACUGCAACCAAUGGACAUUGUGGGGAGAGGGGGUAUAAUAAAGACCACCAUGAUUAUCCAGGCCAGUGUUUCUCAACUUUGGCCCCUUGAAGAUGUCUGGCUGGGGAAUUCUGGGACUUGAAGUCCAGACAUCUUCAAGGGGCCAUGGUUGAGAAACACUGAUCUAGGUACUUCUCAUUUUUGCUUUCUAAUGCAUAGUCAGCAGCAAUCCAGACAUCAUAUAAAUAUGGGUUUCAGUGGAAAUGCAAGGUGAGCAGAGUUUUGAAAGAACUGAAAAGCUAUUUCAUACGAAAGUUUGCUUUUUUUGUAUUUAGCUACCUCGGAUGUAGAUGCCCAGAUUCCUAAGCUAUAAAGAUGCCUUUCAGCUUUGCAGCUAUACCAGAAGUUCAGUGGAAGGCUUGUGUACUGUUCAGGCAAAUCUUUUGUGAACUGGAAAAUGUCAUUCUUCUAUCAGUAAUUUGUGUAGCACUUUGGUUGUGUAUCUAUCCAUCUGCCUAGCUCAACAUCGAGUCACUAAUUUUGACUUUGAAAGGCAUGACACAGCUAGUUAUUCCCUGGCCUCCAGUGUGAUCUAAAUAUAACUCUGCAAAUUAUAAAUAUAAACUUUUUUUUGGCUUGGGUUCUUUUAAGCUUGUGCAUCAUUUGAUGCUGAAUGUAUGAUCUGACUCUGCAAUGAAAAUAUUUGUUUUUGAAAAUCGGUUUGUUUGAGAAUAUGACAUGUCUUGUUGAGCUGUGAUGGCUCACUGAUGCGGAACUUCAUCUGAUGCUAAGACUCAUCGGAUGAUGAGAAUAUGCAUUUUAUUUAUUAUCUGUAUUAAAAUAAUUUCUAGGACAUCCUUCAAAACCUCCUCACCACAAUUUAUAAUAAAACAGCUGAACACAUAUGUUUGAAUUAGCUCGCCCAUAUCCACUGAAACUGUAGCCUUUAUUCUUUUCAAAUCCAAGAACUGCUUUUUUAACCAGAAGCUUCUGUAAGGACCCAUUUUUAACUUUAUAAUCUUUCAUACUCAUUGUUUCUCUCCCUCUCUCAAGCCUCACGAGUUUAGGGAGAUACGGCUCAUAUACCUUUUAACAAUUGCACUGAAUGGAGAUACAUUUAAUAGAAUCAGAUUCUUCUGUGCUAAUACAAGAGGCCUGCUUCUUUUUCCUCCCGUCACCCUCUCCCUGUCCUCCUUUCCUUCCUUUUUUUUUUUUUUAAAAAAAGACAAAAACAACAAAAGAACAGUUGGUAAUACCUCUGCUGCAAUCCGUUCUUGGUCCAUGAUUCACCAGGUUGAGGAUUAAAACACUAAGGUAUAAUGUCCAUCUUGUGUAUGGGUGAACACUCCAUUGAUCAAGAUAUUUUAACACAGGUAGUAUUUUCAGGAAAAGGGUUGAAACUCUAGUCGCUCUCUGAGUGAGAUGAGCAGUGACUAAAUUUGAGAUUUGAAACACUGAAACUGUAUUUGGGGACAGACUCCAUUACUUACCCUUUUUUUGUAGCAUAAAUUCUGAUGUUCUCUUUUCAUUGGAAGAUAGAUCCCCAUCUUGGUCGCCAGGUGGUAUCAAAAGUCAACCUUAGAUCAGAUUAAGUGCUAUUUUAUUUUUUUUAAAAAACUCUGGGAUGUUAUAGACAAAGAGCUUAAGCACAAUAACAUCUGGAAUAUGAAAUAUUUUACUGAAUUAUUUAAUUUACGCAGUACUUAAAACACACACAUAUACACACAUUUUACAGGCUACCUCUGCGAGAUGACUCAACCUUGGAUGUGCCCUAGACUAUAAUGUGACUUCUUGGUGUAUCUAAUAAUUUCCGGCCACUUGAUGUUUCCAGGUUCAGGAAGCGGGGAUGGGUUAUUUUGUCCUGAAUAUUGUCACCUUUGGGUAGGUUGGUUAGUUGGCUCUUUUGGCUAACCUAAUGUUAGCAAUAUGAAAGUAAUGGAUGGUUAUAUGCAUGGGAAGUUGGAAAGAAGCUUGUGGCAAAGCACUUCUGUAGUGUUGCCAAGUAAACAUGGCAACAUGUCCAUGGAGCUCCCAGCUUAGUUCCAAAGAAAGUUGAUGUGUCCUUUGACAGGCAGCUGUGUCUGCAUAUGCAUGUGAAAGACCUUGUGAAAGGGAAAUACACUGUACAAUAAAGGUACUGGGGAAAAUUUCUUCAAGAUGUCCAUUGAAAUGAAUGGGAGUCAUUGAGGUUCCCCACAGGAAUGUGCCUUAAUUGGAUUCUAAUCACUGGAUCAGUUUCAGAAUUGGGCCUACCUUUGAAUUGCCCAGCUAUGACCUUAUACCAGGCGCUUCUCCAUUGCGGAUGCCGGUUGCUUUGGCAAAUAAGUUUAAAACUGGUCCCUUUUAGUCAUCUUAUAGCAGAUACUUCAACUGGAAGUGUCUUCCUGCCACUUCUAUUCCUGGCUUUGAUAGUUGGCUUCACUUAUCUCUUGGGUCCUGACUGGCCCAUCCCCAACACUAGCUAUCUCUUAUCAACAUUCCUAAAAACAUCCCUUUUUAACCGAAGGGGCGAAAGACGUUUGAAACAUUCAGUGUGGUUCUACAGAAAUUCACAUCGUACUUUAUGCAGUCUGUCUACCCAGCCUGCUCUUUGGGGAAUGGUUUGGAACUUUUUUCCCCUUGUUAGGGACAACAUGCUUAAUAUUGUAGUAAUUGACUAAAACAAUUAAAAACAUAUUUUAAUAGUGUUUUCCUUUUCUAAUGACCCUUUUAAUUUCCCAGUAGUAUUUCAUCGGGAAAAAAUAUUCAGGUGGCAAACAGUCUCCAAAAACCAAAUUAAUUCUCCUUUCCUAUCUAAAACACAUGGAGCACAGGAUUCAGGGUAGAUGUUUCCAAAGAGCAUUUACAAAUUGAACACAUUGAUAGAAUUUCCUAGAAAAAAACAGGAAAAGGGCUUGCUGUCCCACCGAGAAAGCAUGCGGCUUGGUCCUUUUGCUACCUGUAAUCAUGCUAAGUCUACAUUGUGUUAACCCAGUCACUGUGAUUGACAAAGUGUGGUUUACAGCUUACUGGGUGAACCCAUCACACAUGACGUCUUCAAUUAAAAGGUUGAACAAGCUAUGGCUUAGAAUGACAUAUGAGCUCAGACUUGGAAAUCACAGAUUCAAUUAGAAAAGUGGGCAAUUCAGUUCUUCCUUGACACUGCUGAUCUAGGAACACAAGUCCCUAAGUCAUGCUGGUUUUAGUGGAUAUUGCAAACAUGGCUUAGAUUGUAUCAGAACAUUGCGCAAUAGGGUUUUUUUUUUUUAAUAUAUAUAUAUAUGUAAGAACUCAAGUUUAAGGUGUUCCAGUGCACAGUGCAUCCAACUUCGUAUUCUUCUACCGUAUAAUAAAAAUGACAGGUUGAGUUUUUAAAGAGAAAGGUGAGAGCGAAAUACGUGUAUAUAAGAUUCCUUGUUCCAUUAGCAGAGUGCUGGGAAUCGGGCACCUAAACAGAUAAUAAAAACUAUUUCUCUUGCACAGCGUACCACAGAAGACCUGCUCAAAAAGCUUUGGGUAGCUGGAGGAGCGGCAAUUUGCAAUUUGGUGCAUUUUCCAGCUAUUAAACCUGCUUUCAGUAGCAGAGAGAGAGAGAGAUAUGAAGAGGAUUUUUGUCCUCUGCUCCUUUUGCCUUGCUACAGUGCUCCUUGGUCAAAGGAUCUAGAAUUCACCUUCUGCUGGUCAAUGCGUGGAAAGAGUGAAGCAUGUAAUAGAGAAAAUGUUUUGAGUGGUCCAAUAUCCAAAAGCAAACCUUUCAGCAGGAGUAUCGGUUCUAGGUUCUGUAAUUCCAAAGCAAGAUAAAUGCAAAAAAAGAAAGUUUUGGAUCAAACAUGAAUACACUGUAAAAGUUCGUUGUGAAUUAUAAGCUGGCAGCUCCAUAAAUGAUGCUAAAAUUGAACUGCCCAUCUGACCUCAGAUGAAGCCUCUCCUUAGAAAGUUCUCUGCUCUGGGGGAUGGUAACACAUGAUUUAAAUUUUUGUUGAAGCUUUGGAAAAUUUGAGUAUCUUGUUUUUGUUUGUUUGUUUGUUUGUUUGUUUUUUUAAAAUGUAAGCUGGUUUACUAAAAUGUGCCACUGAAGUUGAAGUAAUUAACAUAAUGUCCGUUAGGCCAACUUGAGUGAGUUUUGUAAAUUUAGUGUGAUUUAAAGCUGAAUUUCUCUGUGAAACUCAGUAUUUAUACUGCAAAUUUACAAUAUGUAAAUGGUAUGUGUAGCAAGAAGUCUAUGACAGAUAUUUAACUUGAGUACCUCCAUUGUAACCCAGGAUAAACAAUCUUGGUUUAUUGGGAAAAGGGAUUCCACCCAUUUGUACUGAUCUUAUUUCUAUGUGUGUGUGUGUAUGUGUAUGUGUGUGUGUAUAUAUUAUACACACGUACACACAUACGUACACAUAUAGCAUAUUUAUAAUCUUGUAUUAUCAAAAUCCAGAACACACAAAAGGUUAUUCAUAAGAAACCUAUUCAGCUAUUUUUAUAUGAACUGUUGGUCUCUGCCUUAACUUUUUUUGUGAAAAUUUUGUGCCAUAGGAUUUUUAACUUAUCAACAGAUAGCUUGAGAAGUUUGGUUUGAAAAAAUAAAAUGUGAAUAUUGGAUUUGGGCUAAUGGAUACUUUCAGAGUUUCCUGUCUUCAUUAAGGGUUCUGCAGAUAAGCAUCUUGUAUAGUUACAUCUAUUUCUUUUCUUACCCCAUUGGUCCCACCUGCUUUCCCCCCCCCUUUUUUUUUAGGGGAGGGAUGGGGCGUGGGGGGGAAGAUUGCAUCCACACUGAAAUGCAUGCUCUUAAUUUCAGGAAUUGUCAUUUUGUUUUCUGAGUAUGCCAGUUAUAGUUUGACAGACCCUUAAUAAACUGAGUUCUUUAUUACAACACUGUAAUUGUUAGGUCAACUUGGUUAGAAUGAAGGGCUACCUUCCUUUCCUAUCUUUGUCUACUGCAUUCAAGGAUAUUUUUCUACAUCUGCCAGAUCUGAAAGACUGGAAAAAUUCAAUAAAGGA